UGAUGAUCCUGCUGUUAUCCUCCUUCUGUUCCCCCCCUCCCUUCCCAGCCGCACUCCGGCGCACUACACCUCACAUCCCCAUUCAGCGAUGCUGCACAUACCACCGGGUCUCUAGCCGCUGAUCGCCAGCCACACAAAGGAUUUCAACUCCGCCCUUGCACCGCGCCGGAGCUCGGAAGGAUACCUGUCCCUUUCUUGUUAUUUAUAGAACACGAAAAAGAGGAUGCGGGAAGGUAGAAGCGAUACCUAGAAGAAACAAGCUUUGGCGUGGUCUCUGUCUGGAAGUGUCAAGAUUUUGAAUACAAUGAAUGAAGGGUUGCAGGCUAAUGUAAGCUGGCGUCUAGACCGUGCCUCUGAGAAUGUCUCCACCGCGGUGUCUUCACUGGACCCCAUCCUCAAUGCAGACCCCCAACCCAUCGUCAACCCCUGGGACAUUGUUCUCUGCACUUCCGGGACCGUCAUCUCCUGCGAAAACGCCAUUGUCGUGCUGAUAAUAUUCCACAACCCCAGCCUGCGGGCGCCCAUGUUCCUCCUCAUCGGCAGCCUGGCACUGGCUGACCUGCUUGCCGGUCUGGGGCUGGUCAUCAACUUCAUCUUCACCUACCUGCUGCAGUCCGACUCGGCCAAGCUGGUCACCCUGGGGCUGGUGGUGGCCUCGUUCUCCGCUUCAGUGUGCAGCCUGUUGGCCAUCACUAUAGACCGCUACCUCUCCCUGUACUACGCGCUGACCUACAACUCAGAAAGGACCGUUACUUUCACCUACGUCAUGCUCGUCGUGCUGUGGGGGACCUCCAUCUGCCUGGGUCUGCUCCCUGUAAUGGGGUGGAACUGCCUGCAGGAUGAGUCUACUUGCAGCAUCAUCCGGCCCCUCACCAAGAACAACGUGGCCUCACUGUCCGUCUCCUUCCUGCUCAUGUUCGGGCUCAUGCUCCAGCUCUACGUGCAGAUCUGCAAGAUCGUGAUGCGCCACGCCCACCAGAUCGCCCUCCAGCACCACUUCCUCGCCACGUCGCAUUACGUGACUACCCGGAAAGGGGUCUCCACACUGGCCAUUAUCCUGGGGACAUUCGCGGCUUGCUGGAUGCCUUUCACGCUCUACUCCCUCAUCGCCGAUUACACCUACCCUUCCAUCUACACAUACGCUACCCUGUUGCCAGCCUCGUACAACUCCAUCAUAAACCCCGUCAUUUAUGCUUUCCGAAACCAGGAGAUCCAGAAAGCCCUGUGGCUCAUCUGCUGUGGGUGCAUCCCCGCUAGCGUGUCUCAAAGGGCAAGGUCGCCGAGCGAUGUGUAAUGUAACAAAACAAGUCAUGACAGCAACACAAAUACCGGAAGCUAAACCAGCAAGCCACUGCUUUAUGUUUCUGGGGCAAUACCUGACCAUGACGUGUGUUAUUUUUUUGAUGAAAGGAUGCUUUAUAUGAUUUACAAAUUCAAUCCAGGUAGGAAACAAAUUAAGGGCUUAAGGUUUGGAUUGUAAAAGCUUUCCCAUUGCAUUAGGUGGCUAAUCACGGUCCUGGAGGGCCACUCCACUCCUGGUGUUUGUUAGAAAUUGUUUGAACCAAUACAAUCUCCAUUCAAACCCUGAAGUAGUUAAUAAUCUAAUUUUGCCUGUUAAAUCUGGAGUGGAUUUCUCCUCACUGCUCUGCGGCGACCCCUAUGGGCCAGGCGCCGAAUAAGCUUGGGGGCCGAGAUUUGCUGAGCUGGUCUUCUUCCUCCAGAAGCCGGUAGCCUGCAGACAUCCGUGUAAAAAGACACCGAUUGGCUCGUAAAAAAAAAAAAAAAAAACCCUGGAGUGGACUAGCCCUCUAGGAAUGUGAUUGGUCACUCCUGUGUAUGGCAAUGUUAGGUUAGGUGUUGCAAUACCCUGGCAUCACUUGUGCCACUGCAGUUUAAGCAUCCAUGUUAUUAUUCACACGAGGAGGGGUGGCAGCUUCUGUCUCACAGGGGGGCUUAGCAUGCAUUACAGAUAUAUUUUAGAAACCGGUAAGGCAACAUAUUAGCAUAUCCACACAAGGGUUUGUGCAGCGAGCGGGGAGCGAUGUGGAACCACAAAGCAAGGAGAGCAGGACAGCUAAAACUAGACGAGCGCCUUCAUCACACUACAGCUUAGGAGACUUUCACAAAGAUUGCUCGUCCUACAUGCUUGUAAACUAAUAUUUGUGGUGUACAAUCUAGAGAGAGAGAGAGAGAGAGAGAGAGAGAGAGAGAGAGAGAGAGAGAGAGAGAGAGAGAGAGAGAGAGAGUUAUUGGAAGGCCAAACAUAUUGCAGCACAGUGUCCUGUUUAGCAACGUAUAGAAAUAUAUAUUAGAACGUCGAGGUAUUCUGUUUUGCAAAUCGUAUAAAUUUUGGUUUAUAUUUUGUAUCAUAGCUCAUGUACAAUUGACAAGCAUCUCUUUAAUGCUGCAGGCGAUUAUAACUGUUCUGUAAGAUGUGUAGCCUUUCAACUACCCUCGAUACUGGCUAACACUGUUUCCUAUCAGAAUAUGCGUUAGCAUUCAAAUAACAUACUGAUACAUUUUGCUAAGAACAUUAGCUUACAGCACACUGUAUAAACAGGGCCCAGCUAACCAGGGCUGUAAAUGACAGCUUGAGUACACUAUGGAAGAUGGGAAGCUGCUUUAUUCCACUUUGUAAAAUGUUGAAUUUUGCACUGAUGCAAGAAGCUGUGAAGAGCAGCCUGUCAGCCUGGUUUAAAGCCAGUAGGGAUUUAUAAAUCAAAAUAUGCCACACAGAUACAAUGUAAGCACACUUCUCCCAUUUGAAUUAUUGACUAGAGGGUUAGGUAGGAGUCCAAUGCUCAAUCCAGUGGUCUUUUAACAAGUCGAUUUUGAGCCAUUAACUAUGUAUGUUCUUUAAAGAUAUAGCAUUUUAUAUGAAUUGCAAACAUACGCCUCACGUCUUAACAAGACUAUAGUGCAGCAUCACUUUACACUGCAGUCCUGUUUAACAAGUUACUGAAUCGAGAGCACAAUUGAUCUCUUCUACUGGUUGCUUUCUUCUCUUGUGAAUAAAAUAUAUUUAUUGUUUUUCCAAUUUCAGUCUCCCAGUCAGGCGUUCAGUUAUGUUCUGAGUGUAUUGGAUAAAAACUUGAAAUGUGACUGAAGGACUGCAGCAAUAUUGAAAUAGUAAUACAGUACUCCCACUCAGCCAAACCAAAGGGAAUCAAUACAAGCUCCCCUCUUGAGCGAAACAGAUGAAGGGCCUGCAUGAAUUAGACCUUCGUUGUGAGCACUAGAAAUAUACUGUGUGGCAUUAGAAUCAGAGACAGUACUAUUUUUAUUUACACAAAGCACAUAUAUUUAACAUUGUGGUAAUCCAAUGACUCUGAGCUCAGAUCAUAUCAAAGGCAGCUAUACUAUAUCAGAAUGUUGAGUGCUAUCAUGAAUUAGACUCUGUACAGUCACAGUGCAGCUUGCUCUUCAAUGCAUGUUCUCCUGUGCUGUACAGAGAUCCCUGUUUUCUUGCUUAGACCUUUACACAGCCACCCAAACACCUGAGGGUGUCAUCAAGCACCAGCUGAUAUCAGAAAGCACUUCCAUGCACUUUACCAUGUGAUUCCAGGAUAGAGUGCAUUCUGCAAAGGCCUUGUGCACAAGGCUUUGUGUACAGCAGGGUAUUUAUUAGAACACCCCGUUGCUUCUGUCGUUUUGAUUUGUUGCGCAUAUGAAAUCAAACCACUGGAACUGAAAUUCUUAGAAAAUUGUCAAAAUAGGCAAAUUAGCUAUUGUCUAAUUGA